CGGGCAGUUAAGUUGUCGCGGAUGUCAGUAAAAUGAGCUCGCUCGUGUCGAGGACGAGAACAGGAUGAAAAUGACCGCUUGGAGAUAAAAUGUCUACUGAACGCUAAGUUAAUGCACAGGCAGGAUGUUGCGUCUUCGCUGUAAGACCAAAAACGGGAGUCACGUGAUGCAAGGGUUGACUCACCAAUCAUGCGUGCAAGAGUUAAAAAGCAAAGUGGAGGAGCUGACCGGCAUCCCUUGCGAGGUGCAGAAAAUCAUGGUGGGCUACCCGCCUUCCAGCCUGGACCUGCGCAACGGAGACGCUCACCUCAAGGACUACCCCAUCAAGUCUGGCGACACGCUCAUUGUGGAGGAGGAGAAAAACAAGGCCAAGCUGGGCACCCAUCCCAUCGUCACCAAAACGCCUCGCCUGAACGCUUUACCAACACUGGCGCGCCGCGUGGUGCCGGCCGACAACUCGUGCCUGUUCACCAGCGUCAACUACGUGGUGGAGGGCGGCGUGUAUGACCCGGCGUGCGCCCCGGAGAUGCGCGGCCUCAUCGCCCAGAUCGUCUCCAGUGACCCGGCAGCGUACUCUGAGGCUGUUCUGGGCAAGAGCAAUGAGGACUACUGCGCCUGGAUCCGGCGCGACGACACAUGGGGGGGCGCCAUCGAAGUGUCCAUCCUGUCCAAGUUUUACCAGUGCGAGAUUUGCGUGGUGGAUACACAGACAGUGCGCGUGGAUCGCUUUGGGGAAGACGCCGGCUACCGCAAGCGCGUGCUUCUCAUCUACGACGGCAUCCAUUAUGACCCGCUACAGAGGGAGGUGCCCAGCGCGCCCCCCCAGACCGUCUUCUCCACCGGCGAUGACGUCAUCCUGGCGCAGGCCCUGGAGCUGGCCGACGAGGCUCGCCGCAAGCGCCAAUUCACGGACGUCAACCGCUUUGCGCUGCGGUGCAUGGUGUGCCAGACGGGCCUGGUAGGACAGAAGGAGGCCCGCGAGCAUGCCAAGGAGACGGGCCACACCAAUUUUGGCGAAGUCUGAAACAUUUACUUGCUUCUGUUUGUGUGCCACCCCUCCACGUUAUGUGGCCGUCUACCUCGGUGUUUCCCGACCUUUAUUGAACCAAGUUGCAUAUUUUAAAGAAAAAAAAUUGUCUCAUGGCACACCACCAAACAUAAAUAGCAAAAAAUUAUAUAUUAGGGCUGAACAAUUUUGAAAAUCAUUGAAUUGCUAUUUCAUUUGUGAUUAUUUUUUUCUAGGUCAGGCUUUAUUAUCCAAAAAUGCUUUUGGUCUUAUAUGCUAAAAUAAGGGUAGCCAGAAUGAAUAAGACACAUAUUGAUCCACUUCAGUUAGAGUUCACUACGACAACUUCACAAUUCUACCAAACAAGUGUGGCA